ACACAGUAAAACUCUCUGCAGGCACUCGUCGAAUCCCACGCUAAACCCUAACCCUAACCCUAACCCUAACCCUAAAUUUCUCAAUCUCCGAGGUAUUACCACUCAACUCCAAUCACGAUCGUCUCCUUCUUGCUCUCCAUGAAAUGGGAAUGGCGGAGAUGUAGGAUAUGAGGGUGGAGAGGCCGAAGAACUCAGUGACGAAGACGGUGGCGUGGCUCAGUUAGAAUCCUUGUUCAUCACUUGAUUCACUGCUUGUUCUUGUUGGUGGGGGAAAUGAAGGAGAUUGUAACGAUCCAAGUUGGAGAUUUUGCCAAUUAUAUUUUCUCUCAUUUUUGGAAUUUUCAGGAUGAAUUGCUUGGAUUGGCACAAGAACCAGAUGGAGAUCCCAUCUACAAGAACAUGCCUUUGGAUAUGGAUGUGCUCUAUAGGGCUGGUGAGACACAAGAGGGUAUUGCAACCUAUUGUCCACGUUUGAUAUCGGUUGGUCUUCAAGGAUCUCUUGGUACUCUUAGUACUCUGGAUUCAUUGUAUAAUAGCAUUCCAUCACCAGAUACCUCUGAGAUAAUUACAUGGUCUGGCGACGUAUCCAAACAUAUUUCAGAACCCCGGAAAAAGAAUUUAUUUUUGCAAAGCUUGGAUGAAGAGUGGCAGGGGAAAUCUACCAGUAUUGGAAAUGAUGCUGUAGAGGGGAGAGGCGAUGCUCAGAUACAAAUUCAAGAUAAGGAUCGGGUCGAAUGUCUAGAAAAUGGUGUUCAGUAUUGGACAGACUUUUCAAAAGUUCAAUAUCACCCUCGAAGUUUAUUUGAACUGCACGGCUCUUGGACAGAUAUUCAGAAAUUUGACAAUUAUGGGAUUGGAAAGGAUGUUCUUUCAGAGGGUUCUCAGGUUGAAGAAAUGAGUGAGAGGCUGCGUUUCUUUGUCGAGGAAUGUGACCGAAUCCAGGGCAUCCAAUUUAUUGUUGAUGACUCUGGAGGUUUUUCAAGUGUAGCUGCAACCUAUUUGGAGGAUGUCGCUGAUGAGUAUCCAAAUACACCAGUAUUACUAUAUGCAGCACGGUCUCCGAGUUCUUAUUCGAACAUUGUUAGCAAAAAAGAGUCCAUAUCGAAAUGCCUUCAUGAUGCUAUAUCAUUUUCACGGCUAUCAUCUCUCUGUAAAUUAAUGGUUCCGAUCGGCUUGCCUUCUCUUAGCAAAAGUAAGUUCUCCUCUGUGUUGCAUGUUGAGGAUCAAAAACUUUUCCACUCCAGUGCUGUUUAUGCUGCUUCAAUACACUCCCUCAGUAUUCCAUUUCGCUUGGGAAUGCUUGGACCGGCCGCAAGCUCAUCAAAUGCCAUUGGUGCCAUUAACGUUGGUGAGGCUGUACAAAUGUUAUCCAGUCAUGCUUCACAAAACAUGGUGUGCACUCUGAAUGUAGCAAUGCCAGCUCCAUCUUCCAUAGAUGAACAACUGAAAGGAUCUAUUCUAAGAAGUCUGCACUCCUUGACCCCUGAAAUCCAAGAGGAUGCGGAAGACUUCCGUGCAGUGGAAACCAUGAUUGUUCAUGGAACUCUUUAUUCACGAGGUCAUCGAGCUUCGGUUUCACAAGUCGAGGACUCAAUCUGUGCUUCCUAUGAACACGAACCGCAGAAGCCCCUGUUCUCACAUCUCACAGUAGCCCUUUGCCCGCUUCCGAUACCACUUCCAUUCCCAUCAAUCUUCAAAAGCCAUGUAGGCCGUGAUGGCGAGUUGCUUCCCGGUUCAACUCAAUCGGAGCAGCCGAAGGGAUCUCUUGACAUAAAUUCAGUUCCAAUGGCUGCGAGAUUGCGGUCGAGCAAUGCCAUCAUUCCCUACAUCCAAAGAAGGUUGGCUAGCAUUCAAAGGUCUGGACUACAGAGGGGAACUUCAAGUGCAGAGUUACUUCAGAAAUGGGGAUUUGGAAGAGAAGAAAUAGAAGAAAUGGGUGAAGACUUGUCUAGAAAAAUCAUGUCUUUCAAUCCUCACUCAGAGAUGUCAACAGAUUCAGAUUAGAAUUUUCUUGUUGUUGUUGUUAUAUAUUGUUGUAUGAUAACAUUGACAAGUGAGUGAAUUCAUUUGAGUUUUACUUAAUCUUUA